AUGUCUUUCCUUCAUGGUGUUCUUCAGACUGUGAAGGAGGAUGAUAACGUUACAACGUAUGAUAAAGAUGGUGAUAAAAUUACUUCAGUUAUUACCUUUCUUAACACUUCUGUAGGUCAAGGCCGUCAGGCCUUCCAGGCCGCCGUGUCUCAGGUGGACAAGGCAACGGGAGAAGUGAAGGACAAUGUUAGCAGUAUCACAGCUUUGAUUGAAGAUGAUAGGACACAAUUGCAAAAAGAAAAGGUUUUAGACCUUUCUCAGCAGAUUACGAAUUGGACAAAGCGAGCUGACUGGUAUAUUGCCAAGGCGACGGACGCCCAAAGAGCAUUAAAUGACAUCGAUUCUGCGCUUUCAGGUAAGUUAAAAUGUCAUGUUUCAUCGGUUGUGCAGGCGGUGAAGACGUUCAGGGAUGCGGCAAGAAACAGGGACCUCAAGGAUAUGCAUCAGCUGGCAGGGGCCAAGUGGAAUGAGCUGCUUCAGGAGGUUGACGAAAUAGUGAAUUGGGGAAGGAACAAACUUCAGGAAUAUUUGAAAGAUGCAAUUGGUGAAUUGCAUGAGAAAAUAAUGAAGUUACAAUAUGAGCAAUUCUUCGAUCUGAAGAAGUCUGUCAACGAGGAACUUCAUAAGGCUUUCCAGACGGUGGAGAGAGAGAUUCAGUCGCUCGUGGAGAGGUAUGGAAGAGAUGUUGUAACAGAGUUCGAGCAGGUUAAACAGCAAUCGGAGGAGUUUCAGAGAAAAUUUCCGCUUACUAAAAAUGCUCUUCAGUCGGCCAUCCUGCGAGUGUCAACGGACAUUGCCAAACUCCAGACUCUUACUACUCUUGAGAGCAUUGACGCUACUCUGAAAGAGAAAACGCAAUUGCUACAGGCCAUGGCAGGGCAGACUGCGUUCUCCGAGCUAAGCGAAUAUUUCAUUUUGCUGGACUCUCUAGUCAUGGAUAACGUCAAGAAAGCGAUGGAGGGGAUAGCUGGGGCAUUUAAAAAGUUUGUCUACGACCACCCUGGUAAAAGCGGAUUUGAUGACAAGAAAAAAGAGAUAGAGCAGGCAAAUGAAGCUCUUAAUGCACUUUUACAAAUUGAUGCCGAAUCUUUCAAAACAUUCACGCUUGGUGGCCAAUAUAUCGAAGAACCAUUCACUGCGCUAGAAAAUUUAAAGAAGGAGAGUGAAAUUGAGGACAUCAUGUCAGCUGCAGAAAAGUUAGAAUUGUCUCAGGAAAUCGAUGCAUCGAGACUUAUGACGGCCUUUAAGGCCGUUCUCCCCAAAUUAUCGGCCUUCAGCAAGGCAGUCGCCGAGCACUCCCAGAAGGUUGUGGAUAAAGCCAUUGAUGAGAUUCAGGAGAAGGUGCAAGCCGAAAUUGGGGAAGUUGCGAAGGCUAUAAAUGGAAAAGUGGAGGAGUGUAGAACUCUUGUAGCUACGAAUAGUAAUGAUUUUAGUUUCACUAAGAUUGGAGAUAUAGAAAAAAAUUUAUCCACCCUGGGGAAUCUGGUGAAUACAUUUCAAAAUCAGAUUAACCAGAAGAUCAUAAAUUUACAAGGAAAAAUCGGGAAAUCGGAUGACACUACGGGCACUGAUCCAGCCACUGUUUACACAGAUUUAAAGAAACUUCACGCGAAUGUCGGACUCCUUAGCACGGAGGUCCAAAAGGUUAUCGCAAACGUGGAGAAAGUCCAAGCGGAGCUCACAAAUUGCAUCGCUCAUGCCAACAAAUUCGUCAACGAGGCAUCUGAAGAAACCAAGAAACGCUUCGAAAAAGUACGUGUUGCUGUCAACUCGAGGAUCGAAAAGGCUUUUAAAGCUCUCCAACAAAAGGCCCAUAAUUUGUACACCUCGCGGAAAAGGAAAGAGCUUAUAAAGCUCAAGGCUUUAGUUGAGCAAGAAAAAACAAACAUCGAAAACAUAAUAAAUGAUGAUAAAAUCAGAGGAGUAAAGGGCCUUUUAAAAGAAAUAUACGGCGGUGAGUUUCCGAUUUCUUCUGAUCCUCCAAGGGAUUCAUCUCAAAAAUCCACAUUACUUACUCAACUUAAUGUUGCGGUAAAUUCACAGGAGAUAGAUCUCGGCAAAAAAUUCAAAGCUUUAUCCACCAAAUUCAGAGCCUAUAUGGGCGGAAAUAUGAUCUACAAUAGGGAGGAAAUUGACAGGCUGUUUAACAGUCACGACACAAAUAAAAACAUCUAUUCCCCCAAGCUUGGCACAAUACUUGAAAAGCUCAAAGAGCUUUUUGACCACAUCGAAAAAGACAAAACAUACACCUUUGAUCACACAUUCUCCGAACUCCGUGACGAACUUGAAAAACAUCUUGCAGAAUUGCAUCCUUCGUCUUUCUCCGGCAUUACCAUGCCAGUUCUCCAAAGCGUCAAGAGCGGCUUAACGGAUUUCCUCAAGCAGCUCGGCAUGGCAUACGUUUCGAGAUAUUCGGGCGAAGAAAUAGAGUGGGAUGACGACGAAAAUCCCGAGAAGCAGAAAUGCGCAAAAGUGUUUCUCACAUUGCUCAGCACUCUGCAGAGUUCACUGACAAGGUCGAGAAUGGAAUGUAAGAGUCUGAUUGAAUAUAGAAUCAAUGACUCUACUGACCUCGGCAAAUUGUUUGCACGCAAUGGCUUCAGAGUGUCCGAACUUGGCAAGCAGAAUGGCGAGCUGCAGAAUACGGACAAAAUGAAAGGUGAAUACGUUUACAAAAGAUUCACAUUGCCACUUAACGAUGAGCAGGCAAUUGCACAUCUUAAAAUAUGUGAAUAUAAGAAACACAAAACAUCUGGUAUCUUUCAUCUCUUUGACUUCCUUAACUGUAUUCACAGUCACGUAGAACGCUAUAAUGAAGUUUGUCACCACCAAAUUCAUGACUCACCUCGGGCACCUAGCAGUAUAUUCCAAAUGCUCUGUUGGCUCAACGGCCUCUGGCAUAAUCCUGUUCGUGAACCACUCUACAAGUACAUGAAGGAGUUGUUCCCUAAACCUAACGGGAAGGGAGACAUGAGAGAUUACAAGGAGAUCCCCCCGAAGGAACUAAAACUGCAAGCUUAUCCAAAGACAAUCACAUAUGAGAAAUUAGAGCCUAUGAUCAAAACUGUAUGCUCCGAAUCUAAUUCUGUCCUCAAGUGCAUCCUCGGCAAUGGCCACGCUGGUGGCAUAUACGCAGUUGACUUCUCGAACAAUUCAUUUAAUUUGUAUUAUCCUACUAGUAACACAGCUUUAAUAUGCAUGCUACGUGAAAUUCUCAACCGGUUAUACCAUCAACUUUAUUUCUUAUGUGAUCAGUGUUCGUAUAACGCUAAUCGUGCUGGCUGGCGUGAUUGCUUUUAUGGCAGAGACGUCGGAGGAUCCGAUUCUCAAUGCAACACAAUGCGAUGCGCCAACCAAGCCUGUGACCAAACAUUUAACCAAGCAGCCAACCAAAGCACUGACCAACACGCUGACCAAAUGGCUACCCAAAAGGCCAACCAAACAUGUAACCAACACCCUAAGUGCGGCCUCAAAUCUCCUUUGCAGUCGUACUUAGAAGAUGGUUUGCAAGGUUUCUUGCCGCAUAGCAUAACAGUUAAAGGAACAAAUAUGGCGUGUUCCUCGUGUUCUAUGCUACGUGGAAUGCCGUGUAAAACGCCAAUGGGCUUCACUGAGAUCGGCAUCAUCGCGUCUCACAUAAGUAAGGGCCAACGUAUAUUUGAUGUAAUUGGUGAUUUUUGUGGCGACGAAUUGUCUCCUCUUAGCAAACUCUGCGCUGUAUUAAACUGCCUGCUUCCUGGUGCUCCUAAAACACUAGACGACCUGUUCAGUUUUUACUAUAAUUUCAUUAGUAAGUGGUAUGUUCAUGGUAAUGGUGUACGGGAGAUGCACAGGGAAGAUGCUUUCGGAAGUGCCGUACAGAGUGCCAACUUUAAAAAUCCCGAUACAACAUUAGACGUUAGUCCGCUGUUCGAGAGCAGUGAACAUAGUCCAAAAUACUCGAGCCAAAAUAAUACCCAUCUCACCGGAGAUCUCUACUCGCUGGUGGAGUGUAAGAGUAAUCCAUCGUCCUCUACGACCCUUCCCUGUGGUCCAUAUCUGAGACCACUUUGCCAGGAGGUAACAGAUGCAUUCUCCAAUAAGAAUGCCGGAAGUUACCUGUCGUGGAUUGUUUACUUGACUGAAACGUUUUAUGAUUUACUCAAAAAAUUAUAUGACGAUUGCAGUAAAACAUGUGGCGGUGAGAAGCCAAGAUGCCGUAUCGCAAAGUGUCCGUCAAAUUGUAAUGUUGGUGAUCAAUCGGCGACAUCAAAUCAUGAUGAGUCCUGCAACUCUAUUCUGCAGUGCCGAUCCACAUCAUCCAUUCUCUGCAGAUACGGUUUCACUCUAUUGGACAGGAAGCAGCUAAGCGCCGGAGACAGCAAACGGACGUGCAGAGAUUUGUGCGAAGUGUUGAAGCGAGUGGUUGGAGCAGACUGCGCGUUUGUUAAAGUUCUCCAAAACAUAGAUGAAUUCUUGAAGCAAAUCAGAUGGCCUUUUAUUACCACACUGUUAGCCCUCUGGUCGCUGUCGCUCCUGUACCUGCUGCACAUCGCCGUCGUCCGCCUCGACGUCCUGAGGAUACGCUCCCACCUGAGAUCACCCGCAAGCCACCGCAUCGCCGCACAGUCCCUCCUCGCCGCCGCACGCGUCAAGGCACUCGCCAACGUCAAGUACUUCUCACCGUAA